CCCAGCCCGGGAACACGCUGGCUCGGGAGCCAGGGGGCUGGCGGCGGUCCCGGCGCGGCCCCGCACGAUGCCUCCCUGCCAGCGGGGGGGGGAGGGGGUCCGGCCGCUUCGGCCCCCGGCAUCGCCCCUGGCACACGGCCCCGGCAGCAAAGCCGUUGGCGGCGGCCGCAGGUUGCCGGAGCCCGGCCAGCGGCCUCGGGGAGGACGGGGCGGGGGGAGCGGCGGCUGCCGCUGGGCGAAAGCCGCCGCCGCCGCAGGCAUCUGGAAGGUUCCGGCUCGUCCGUCCCCCCCCGCCGCCCCGACCCUCUCCCCGCUGCCCUCCCGCGCUAUAAAUGCGGGCGGCAGCGCCCGGCGUGCGGCGGAGCGGAGGCGCCGAGGGCACGGAACGGGACGAUGCUGGGGGCCUGGCUGCUGCUCUGGGGGGGCCUGGCCCUGGGCUGCCGGGGCGAGACGGCCUUUCUCCGGCGCGCCGAUGACAGCACCGGGCGCUGCACCUACUCCUUCACGGUGGCCAGCCCCGUCGAGGCCGCCUGCCCCGAUGCCGGUGGCGUGCCGGAGCUGCGGGCCGAGCUGGCCGCCUUCGCCGCCCGCCUGAGCCGGCUGGAGAGCCGGGAGCGGGGCGCGGGGGGCUCGGGGCCGCGGGGAGGCGAGGCGGGGGGGGCACGGGAGCCCCAGCAAGCAGCCUCGGCCGCUCGCCUGGAGGCCGCCUACAGCGAGCUGCUGCGGGCCAAGUCCCGGCUGGAGGAGGAGAAGGGGCGGCUGGAGCGGGAGAAAGAGGAGCUGGGGAGGCGGCUGGAGAGCAGCGCCCAGGAGAUCGCCCAGCUGCGGGCCGCCCGCUGCCCCCCCGGCGGACAGGGGCCCAGCCGAGACGCCCUGCGUGCCCCCGGCAAAGCCCCGCGCUGGGACCCGCAGCCCCUCGCCUACCAGGAGCUGCAGUCGGAGAGGACGGAGGUUCCCGCGUCCCGGCUACUGGAGGAGACCGUGCUCAGCCGCCCGGGGAGCGAGGACUCGGGCUGCGGCGAGCUGGUAUGGGUGGGGGAGCCCGUCGUCUUCGGCCGGGCAGAGUCCAUCACCGGCAAAUACGGCGUGUGGAUGAAGGACCCGGAGCCCGUGCCCCCCUUCACGCCGGAGACCACCUGGCGUGUGGAUGCGGUGGGCACGGAGGUGCGCCAGCUCUUCCAGUACGAGGCGGCCGAGCAGCUGGCCCGGGGCUACCCCGCCAAGGUGCACAUCCUACCGCGGCCCCUGGAGAGCACGGGGGCCGUUGUCUACCGUGGCGGGCUCUUCUUCCAGCCCCGCCGCUCCCGCGCCGUGGCCCGCUAUGACCUGCGGGGAGAGACCGUCACAGCCGAGAGGGAGAUCCCCGGUGCCGGUUACCAUGGGCAGUACCCCUAUUCCUGGGGGGGCUACACCGACAUCGACCUGGCAGUGGAUGAGAUGGGACUCUGGGUGAUCUACAGCACCGAGAAGGCCAGGGGGGCCAUCGUCCUCUCCAAGCUGGACCCCGAGACGCUGGAGAUCCGGCGGACCUGGGAGACCAACAUCCGCAAGCGAGGGGUGGCCAACUCCUUUGUCAUCUGCGGCACCCUCUACACCGUCAGCAGCUACUCGGCACCCAACGCCACCAUCAACUUUGCCUAUGACACGGCCACCAGCACCAGCCGGGCCCUCAGCAUCCCCUUCGAGAACCGCUUCCGCUACCUCAGCAUGGUGGACUACAACCCUGCCGAGCGGCAGCUCUUCGCCUGGGACAGCUUCAACAUGGUCACCUACCCCGUCCGCCUCUCCCGGGCGUGAGCCAGGGCCGAGGAUGUGACGGCUCAGCCCCCGCGACCCCUGCGCACUCCUCGGCACCCCGCUUUGCUCCCCGCUCCCCCCAGUGCAGCCGGGAGCACCGGCUCAGACAGCUCUGGGCAAUGGUGGGGGCCACAUGCCCACCAGCCGUGACAUGAUGGGGCCCCCGACGUUCCCGUCGGCACCUCCGGCAACAUCCCAUUGUGUUUGAGUGCAGCGGGGGCGGGGGGGGGGAAACUAAGUGCUUUUCUAGAGCCUUGCUGAGCCAGUGAAACACCUCUUUGUGGCCUCAGCGGAUUUUGGAUGGGCCACUGCGGUACCCAGCCCUGAGCUGCUCCAGCAUUGUCCUGGAGCACACCCCAGCCUGGACACCCUGAAUUUGGAGCAGGGGGGCUGAGGUGCAGUGAAGGCUGGGCAGGGCAGGUGGCAGAGAUAGGGACAGGCUGCCCUGGAGGGUCCCACCUGAAAAUUAAUGCUUUCCCUGGUUGCAAGCAGCAAUCCCCUCCGCGGGGCCGGGCUUCGUGUUUCCAGGCUCCAGCCUCGCCAAGGAGAGCAGCGUUCGCACACCACCAGCAGCCCCGCAGAGCCAGGCACCCCUGCUGAGAGCCUGCAAGCCCCGCUGCAUCCCACACCACCGGUGCCUGGGGGCAUCCCAGAGCUCAGUCACCUCCAAAAAUCAUCUGGCAGGAUCAAAAGCAGCGGGAAAUAUAGACGCUUGUUGCACCAGUCUUGUUUUAUUGGGGAAAAUAAAGCAGCCAAGCGAGCAGUGGUGAGGAGUGCUGGCAGAGCAUCCUGCAGCCUGAUGGCCCCAUGGUGUGCCCAGCCCCUCUCAGCCACGUGCUUCGGCUUUGCAGCCAUACCCGGCCACGGACACAGUAUGGCAGCUCCCCACGCCGGUCCAAAACAUGCCGUUUUAACUAUUUAUUGUAGAAAGGCUGUAGGAGGCUUUUUUCCCCCCUGCCCCAAUGUUUGGGGCAGAUGGGGCAGCAGCAUCCCCCGGGGGAUGUGCAGGGUCCCAGCCCAAUAAACAUCACCCACCGCUGCCGCCUUGCACCUUGUCUUUCUGAGCC